AUGAUCAUAUCGGUGACCAAGUGUCGUCUCAUUUUGGGCGUGGUGUGUUACCCAGCUGUUCAGGACGUAUUGGCUCGACCGGGCCUAUCACGAGAAAGUCAUGAAAUCAAGCCUUUGAUUGAUUAUUUUCACGAGGCAAAGCCAUCAGACCCUGUCUCUGAAUUUCAAGCUUCCUUCAACAAUGGGUUCAAACGCAAGCGUCCACUAGAGGACUGGCAUCCAUUCCCACAACAACAUUCAUGGCCCGAUCCAAUUGCACAAUUAGUGAAUCCUGAAACCCCACUAUUAGGUCAAGAUCAAGAGAAAAGGGCCAGGAAGGGCAUCGAGCAUGAGUUUAUCUCAGAUGGCUUGGAAAGCUUAGUAUCAGCAAAUACAUUUCAUCCCCAUCUCCAGGGAAUGUUUGGGUCUUCCAGUUUGCAAGAUGACACGAACAAAUUUCCCAUGUGGGAAAAUAUCAAGAAAUUGGCUCAACCAGACCUGCACCAAGAAGAUAGCCACGCGAGUAAUGCUUUGGUUGAUAAUUAUAACGAGGGAAGGCUUUCGGUGGCUGUUUCUGAACUUCAAGCCAUCGUGGACGGUCGGAACGAUCUGAGGAGGCCGCUACAAGAUGAUUAUAGGCCACAGGAACCACUCUCAUCAACCAAUCCAAUUGGAAAAGUCAAGCUUGAAGAUUCAUCAAUUCAAAAUCCAGUGGAAAGGGCCACAACAGACAUUAAUUCUGUGGCUGGUUCAGGUGGCUGGGAAAACGUAGUGUCAGAAGGCAUGCUCCAGUCAUCCAGCUGGCAAGGUGAGGAGUCAACUAUGGGGAACAUAAGAAUUUAA